AAGAGGCAAAAGACGUUUUGCACCAUAUAGGACAAAAGAAUCUGGGAAGAGUUUUUUGGUGAGCUUUUUUCUUCUUGAAAAACAAUAUGAAAAAACACCAAAAGGAGAAGAGGAACUGCCACUCAUGCUGGCUGGCCUUGGCAAGCGUUCACUAACCAUAUCCGAAAACAUGACACAUUCAGAGUUUUCAGAGUUGCUUGUCAGUGCAUAUCCAAGAUUGGCAAAUAUCUGUGGUGGCUGGAUGCUGCACAAGUCCACAGGUGGGGGUGGACGGCGGAGCUUGGUUGUUAUUCCUCCAGAUCUACAUGGAUACACUGGCCAGCAGCUGAAAGUAGUGAGCGGGAAUGGAAAAUACACAUUGUACAUUUCUCCUUUACAAGAAGAACUUGAUACAAUUCCAUUACCACCUGAAGCAAAGGAGUUUGAGAACAUGCCCAAAGCCCAGUGUACAACCUGCAAGAAAAUGAUUCCUCUUCAAAUUCUUCCAGUACACAUCAAGGAAUGCAAGACAGACCUUGUAGAUUUGUCCUAUUCUGCUGAAGAGGAAAACUGCAACGAAGAACAUGAAGAUGAAUUCCCAGAUUCCAUUUGCAACCAGACAGACAAGACUGCAGAGGGUCCCUUUGUGCAACAAUGCAUUUCAAGUUGACAUAAUUGAGAUCCAUGCAGCCACAUGCGGAUUACGACCUUCAGAUAAUGACGGCCAUGAGUCAAGUGGAUCAGUACCAGUCAGUCAAAUCAGUACCUUUCAAAGGGGUGCAGGAGAGAUCAUGGCAGCCAGCCUGGCACAAGGCGGACCUUGUCCUAGCUUCAUGCGCGAGUGGUGCGUCAGAUAUCUCUGCUCCGGAGACUCUGACAGCAUACAAGUGUCUGCCAGUGAUGUAACAGAUUUUGAAGUGUCACAGCUUAUUGAGAGGAUAAACAGCGCCAGUAAUGACAACAUCAGUGACCUGGUUGACGAUGUUGUGACCUGCGGAUACACUGGAAUCGUGUCUCUGGAAAACAAAGACAGCAUGAUAAGGUGGAGAGUAUUUAAGCAGCGCUCCUCUCACUGCUUCUCUCUCUCUGCACGUCCGUCUGUGUACUUCCGGGUCAAGUGUUCGACUGAGACAGUGAUCGGUGUGCUGUUGGGGCAUACGCGUUUUUCGGCGUCCUAUUGUGGUGAGACGCCCGUAGCCGCCUGGGUUUACUCCCUCGCUCCUCUCAUGUGCCUGUGUAUCUGCUUAAAAGUUGCUGAGGAUCGGUGGUGGUGCUGGUGGUCUGGGUGGCGGUAUCCCCUCCUUCCGUGUGCGGUGCUCCUCUGGGAUUGGUUUUCUUUGCACAACCCUGUGCGGAUGCAGGCUUCCUUCUAGAGAGGUGCCGCCCUGUCUUCAGUGAGAUUGGUUCUGCCAAGCACCAAAAAGAAGUAAAAAUCAUUAACUUUCUCCAGGACUACCUUCAGGAGAUUGAGGAUUCUGAACAAGAGGGCCCCAACAACAACGUUACUCCAGAAGGCUUGACUGUAGGACGCAUCAUGCAGUGGAUGACUGGACAACGACAUAAGCCUGUUCUGCCAAGCGAAAAGAAGGACUUUGUCAUAAAUAUGAAAUUCAACCAUGACUGUGAUACGCAACACACUGUUUGUUUUCCAACUGUAAGCGCCUGCAGUCGUACUGUCACAUUCCCUUCAGCUCACCUGAAAACAUAUACUGAAUUCAAAAACAUUUUGACACUAGCCAUAUGCCAUGGGCAAACUUUUGAUCGGGUGUAACCGCUCAGUGUAAAGGAAAACAAGUAACUGCAACAUGUCAGAUCAUAUGUUUUAUUCUGGUCAUUUUUGUGACAGCUUCCUUCCUUUUCUGUAAUCGCCACGUUGCUCUUUGGAAUACCCACAGUCAUUUUGUUUUAGAAAAGUCCAAUUUAAUUCUGAUGAUGAAUAGAAAUUUCAUCGGAAAGUUCUCAGUAAAAAUGUUUGGGACUCCUAUCUCAUGUUAAAUUGAACAGAUGUCAGAGCAAGUCUUUUUUAACAAGUAGACUGCAAAUGUUUACCUUUAGUUUAUGCUAUUAAAAUCUUUUGCAAGAUCAUGUUAUAUCUCAGGCAUUUCUUGUGUUGCCAUUAGACUUUCAAUACACUGAACCAUUGUUAUGUAAAUGUCUCUGCCAAAUGACUCUGAUGAGGCCAAGGGAUUUAUCAUGGACUGUACAGUUUCCAUAAUAUGCGGAGUCAGAGGGCACUCAA